CUCCCUUUUAGUCUCAGUUCUCAAUGCGACCACGUUGAACGCAUCCAGCUCACAGAAGCCACGGGGAAGGACCAGGCUGACAAGUUAUUCUGGGCCACGAUCAUUCCCAUUCGAAAGGCAUUCCUUAUUCUCCCGUUGAGCAGCCCACCACCGAAGCCAUGGCUCCGGACCUGAACACGAUGCCGCCCUCUCCUCGGCCGCUGCCUUCGGUCCCGCGUCUCACUUCCAGGAACACUUCGAGACGGACUUCUACCCAGAUGGCCCCACCUUCUAUCCCUCCGACUUCACCCUCGUUGAACAUUCUCCCCUCGAACCAGAACGCUGUAAAUCACAGCUCUCCUCCCUUAUCCUCUCCCAACAUGGCUACGGUAGCAACUGGGACCGCUGGUGUCACCGUCGGUGAUAACACAGGCGUGGGGACCGGCCCUGGUCCUUUGAGACACCCCAGGCCUUUGACUGCUGCUGAUUUGCAUCUUCAAUUGGAAAAGGAGCAAGAAGCUGUGGUCAAUCGAUUAACCCGCGAACUCUCCAUGCUACGAGCAGCACAGAACGCCUCCGUCGUCUCCAACACGUCCUCCACAUCCGCCGGUUUCCCCGACACAGGCGAUCACAACGCAAAUCACCUCCUCUCCGGUCCAAGCCACCCCGCUCCCUCCCAACGUCGACAUCACCGCUCCUCUUCUAGCACAAGUACCCGAAGCAUCACAGCACCCAGCCUGAGCACCGUCGGCGGGAUAGCAGGCAGCACUGCACCAUCCACAACAGCAGACCGCACACGCGGCAACCCACCCCGCCACGACUCAAUCCCACAAUCCAUAUCCCUCAGCCGGCAAAACUCCAUGAGUGGCUCAAGAAGAAGCGGAGCCAGCAGUCCCGCCCCCUUAUCCUCCGCUCAAUCGAGCUACCAACAUCCCGACCACUUCCCUUACUUUUACCAACAGCGACCAAGCUUAGCACCGCACCGAGAUCCUAGUUCCGGCAAUCUGAAUACGUUGAAUAGCGGGAAUGAGCUGAGGGCAGAAUCUGUCACGAGCGUGCAGACGACGGGACGGUAUGAGGAGACGGCGUAUCAUAGACAUGAGCUGGAUGUUGUUAAGCGAGAGAACGAGGCUUUGAAGCGUAGGAUUAGGGAAUUAGAGCGGACUUUGCGGGCUCGGCGGCAGAGCGAUGCGAGUGUUAACAGAGUCAGAAGCGAGAGUGUUUCUACAACGGCUAGUGUACGAGAGAGCAUUAGUGGCGUUGGCCGGGGCAGAGAGCGGGAAAAGGAUGGGGAGGACGAUGCUGUUCAGGUUGGAGAGAGUGCGAGGAGUUCGGGCAUGCUGCGGUGAUGCUGCGGUGGUGCCUGCUUGCUACGGAAGGGAAGUGAAGGGGAGGGAACUGAGUCUGUCAUUACGCUUUAUGAUGAUUACGAAAGGCGCUACUGAUCACGAGGGAACUGGACUGCAAGUCAGGAAAAGAAAGGCGUUUGUUGUAUAGUUCAGACAAGGGCGUUGACCUUCUUUUAGUGUGGUAGGUGGACAUGCCAGGAUGGAUUACACAAUGGAAUCAGUGGAAACAUCAUGCUAGGAUUGCAACUGGUUGUGAUGAUUUCUGCUUACUUUAACC